AAAACAACAAAGCCGAAGAAAAAAGAAACAACAAAGACGCAAAAAAAAAGAAAAAUUAAUUUUUCCCUCGCACGGACUCUCUUCUUGGUUUUCCUUUGUAUCCGCGCACUCUUAAGUAGCCGUCCUCAACAAAACGGAAAUAAAUCGUCAUGCGAAGAUAAUAAUUUUCAUAUCACUCCGCCAGCCAAUGUUGGAUAAUGCAAUCAAACGGGCCCCAUAAUUAAAUUUUUCGCAUCAGCAGAGCAUCAUCAUUGUCGUCGCCGUCGUCAUCGUUAUUGUCGCUGUUGUCGGGGUGAAAGUUUUUUACGCAUAUCACACAACUGCACAGCUCAGCGCAGCAUAUAGCUACAGAUGUGCGAGGUCUUUUGUGGCGACACAAAUCUUCGAUAGUGCCAUUAAUAGCUACAUUUCACUUUGGUUUCAACUGCUCCGCCACAAACUCCCGCCGCCGACUUUAUCACUGAAACAAAAUAAAAACACCGAACUGCUAAGAGUGUGCCCACCAUAUAGCCACCAUCUCCCGCAGAGGAGCGCGAUGAGAUGAUAGAACGAUGAUAAUGAAGUUGACAGUGAAUCAUUUAGCCAAGACCAUGACAUCAACAGACUCGAGCAUCUGUGUGCGUGGUCCCAACCAACAUGCUGACAAGUGCCAGUGGGCAUCAACCGCAUCCAUCGACAAACAGCAACCAACUUCAAGUCUCUGUCUCCAUCAUCUGACAUCUGUGUGAAAUGCAUAUCCGCCAAUUGACAAUUGAUAAUGAUGGAUCAACAGAGGGAGACACAAAACCAGCAGCAGCAGCAACAACAGCAACGCAGCAGCCACCAUCGGCGCCCACCUGACGUUGAGGAGGCCCUCUCCUCAAUGCUAUGGACCCCAUACGAACGGACCCCAACCGAAAGCUCCUCGGACGAUGACGACGAACGCCUCAACCGGAAGUUGAGGAAAUCCCAGAGUAGCCAUGAGCAGUACUAUCAAUAUGGCGGACUGACACUCGCUCCGCCAGCGGCCAUUAUGCCAUAUUUCGGGUCUAACGACCCCAUCACACCUUUCGUGCCUUUAUCUAAUCAUCAUGAUAGUGUUAGAAAUAAUAAUAAUAUCAAUAACAGUAGUUGUAGUAUAUUAAGCUAUAGCAAUGCCAGUAUAAAUAACAAUGGCGGCGGUACCAUUGGAGCGGAUUACUUUCGCAAGACAGACCGGUGCGACAACUUUCGAUUUAGCUAUCCUUAUUAUGGACCGAUUCCUAGUUUGAACAAAUGUUUGAGUGUGGAGCCACCGUCUUAUGAUUCGUUGUACACAAAGUCCAAGGAUGCUACAAGAGUGCUGAGUAAUUUAGUUACUGUGUCAGCGACACCUGCGAGUGAUGGUGUUUUGCAGGCGUCAUAUGUUGGAGGUAGCGCUGGUGAAGGUGAUGUGAUACAAUCGAAUGAGAGCUAUGGCCGGAUGGUGCACUCGUUUACAGACAAUUUUGUGAUAGAGUGUAAUUCAUCAUCGUCACCAUCGGCCUCAUCAUCAACCUCAUCGACAAAUAGUGUAGCACAAAAUCUUCAACAUCUCCAUCAGCAACAUAACAACACACCACAAGUCCAUCAACAGUACAACAAAGAAGUUGCCAGCAACAUUGCUGCAACCAACAAUAAUAAUAAUUCUACAAUACCGAUCGAUGACGUCAAAUCGACGAAUGACGACGAUGAAAAUGAAGAAAUCGACCACAACAAACAGAACAAAGCAAACGAAGAACAAAAACAAACCGAGGUCAAUCAACUUGCUGCUGCUGCUACUCCAGCAAUACCACUGCACCACGACCAGCAACAGAAGUAUCACAACCAUUCACCAUCAAAGAUCACCAUCAUCAACAUAAAUAAACGGCAACAUGAUGAACAACAAGAAAAACAACCACAAAAGCAGCAAUCCAAACCAGAUUCAACAACAAUGUUGCAACAACAACAAGAAAAACAACAACGAAUGACGGAUAAUGAAAGAAUCACAGAGAGAUCGCAUUUGGGUGAAUCGAAUGAAGUCAGUUCAUUGAGUACUUUUGUCGCGAACGGUCUUGGAGUAAUUGCUAACAGUCGGUCGCUAACAGUCACAACAACAAAACCAAUAACAACCACUGCUGCAACAACAACAACUACAACUGUUUUAUCAUCGAAAUCGUCUUUGAGAGGAUUAAAAAAAAUCGUCGGUAGUGGUGGUAAAAAUCCAAAAUCACGCCAUGUGCAAUUAGCCAAUAUCGAUCCUUCUACGCAGGAUAACGAAAUUAUUGUUCAUGAUCUUUGUCGUACUCGUCGUCAUCGUCGUCAUAGUCUUAGUAGUUCUAGUUCAAGUGGAAGUGCUGAAGACAUCGUAGCUUUAGCAAUGCGUCUUAAUAUUCCCGCUACCGGGACAGAUGCACCAAUCAGUGCAUCGCCGCAUAAUGUUGCCACAAAUGUAAAUCGUGGUGUUCGAAAUGUUUCAGUAACAACGAGUAGUGUUUUUCUAUCCAAUUCGAUUAAUUCAAAAGGCAAUUAUAACAACAACAACAAUAGUGUUGCAAUAUUAUCAAGUAAUAGUUCGCCAAGUUUAACAAUACAAGUUAAUGAUAGUUGCAGCAACAUAAGAAAUAUCAGCAACAACACAAAUAAUACUGCCAAUCACGGUGAUUUCGUUGUAAAUCAAUCGAUCGCGAAUAACGGAAUAAGUGUCGUCAAUUGCACCUACGCGCCGAAUAGUGUUGUUGGUGUGGGUGAAGGUAGUAGUAGUGUGGUUAAUAGCAAAAGUAGCAGUAGUUCAGUGCCUAAAAGUAGUAAAUUCCUUACUGUAAAUAAUAAUAAUCUCAAUAAUCUAACGGAUAUACAAUGUUCAACAUCGUCAACAACAAAUGGAUUACAACAACAAGCACAGCCGCAACACCCGUCACCAACUAGAACAUUCACAUCGACGGAAUGUCAAACGGAUGACAUUCCGAUUUUGAUAAGAGACGAUGUUAACGGUGGUUCUGGUGGUGGACCAUCGCACACUAUCAUUUCGAAUAAUAUAGGGGGCGUUGUUGAUGGUAACAGUGCACUUGUACGUUCGCCAAUGCAUCCGGAUGCUUUAUUAUCGCGUGAACAAAGGCGUCGCGAGCGUCGUGAACGUCGACAACAACGGCAUGUCCAACAACAACAACAACAACAAAUGCAACAUCAACGUUUAAGUCGACAUCAUUCGCACUCACAUCCGCCUUCACAACAGCCUCCUUUAUUACAACAUCCCGCGCAUCAUACAAUGUCGGCGGCAGCCGCAGCUAUGCUGCGGCCAAUGCUGCCCGACAUAUUGCAUAGUCAUUUUCCACCACCCUAUAGUGCGUUGCCCCUGUCACAGGGGGCACCGCCGCCACCUCAGCCGCCACCACAAUUGCCACCACAUGCAGCGUCUCUUAUCACGCCGGUCAUAUCAACGGUUCCUAUUGCAGCAACAGCAACAAUGGUUGGUGAUGGGAGAUUCUCAAUACCCCUGCCCAUCAUUAGAAGAUCACCUUCGGAAAGAUCAGGGAAGGGAUGCUGUGGCCAAUGGUUUGCCGGACCGCCAUUACGUGCAUUAAUUGCUGUUGUUGCAUUGGGUGGUGUGGCGUGCGCUUUGGGUGGUGCUGCAUUGGGGGCGACAGGAUUGGCUGGCCCACCAUCAUCACAUUUGACAGCAGCGUUGUUAAUGAUUGGUGUAGGUGUAGUCCUUGUAACAGUUAGUGGUGCUGCAUGGCGUCUGACAGCACCAGGUGGUCCGCCUUGCUUGGGAUUAGGUUCCAGUGUUGACCUCGGACGUUGUGGUCGAAGGCCAUGCAGUCGCGGUGGUGGUGCACCACAUGGCCUUUUGUAUCCAGAAUUUCAACAUAGGCCACCACCACCAUCGUAUCAAGCCAGUAUGCAGGAAUAUCGGCUCAGACUUUUACUUCUGGACCGUGAUAGACAGAAUGGAGUUGUGAGAGGAAGUUCACCACCACCAACAUAUCGAUCUCAUACAGGAAGUCUCUUAAGAGCACCUUUAACCACAACAAUUCGCGGUGGUCCUGGCUCUGAAUACAGUCUACCACCUAGUUAUCGUUCCCGAAAUGCCACCCCUGCUAUAAUAUCAAGUGAACGGAGCAUUGAAACGGCACCAUCUGGGCGUCUUCUAGCCAACGAGGAUAUUCCCGAAUCAUCUCUAUGUACAAUAUCGUCAAACCUCGACUCUUCACUUCCAGCGUACAAUGCAAUUAUAAGUGACAAUUUGCAUCAGCAGCUGCACCAGCAGCAACAUCAGCCACAACAAAAUUCAUCCUUAUCAAGGAAUUCCCAACAGAAUAUUGCUCCAGACAGUGACAAUCAUUCGUUUCCGAAGGAUAAUACUGGCAACAGCAAGAUGGUGCCUCAAAAACAAAUUACACCGUCAACGCUCGGCGACGGCCAUCAGUCAUCGUCAACCUCCUCCAAAGAAUAUUCUUCAUCUGGGGACCGCACUUCAUUAUCGCUCCUCCAGAAUGACAGUGCACAUCCACGAGAGCAGACACAGCUGCUGCAUCUAAGUGAAAAACUCAAUCCCAGAGUUUUAGCAAAUAGCAAUGGCAAUAAUGGUGUUAGUGGUGGUGCAAGUAACCGAACAAUUGGGUUUCUAAACAUUCAUUCAGCAAUGUCCUCAAAAACACCAUCAGACUCCUCAAUGACAACUGGCAAGACUAAGGAUCUUGUCACAAUUGUCACAAUAUCAGCCCAGGACAACACCUCAAAUCAACAGCAUAAUAGCAUGAUGCAGCCUACUUCGCCAAGUUCUCAAGGUGAAAUGGACAUUUUGGCGCAUCUGUAGCAAAUGGUCAAGUUUGCAUUUUAGUCCUUCGAGAGAUUGAAGCAUAUCCUUCGUGUGUUUUGUUUUUAUUAUUUUUU